CCAAGAGACACCACCCGCAUGGCUCCUGCAUCCUGAGCCUAUAGCAGCCAACAAGGAAUUAUCACCGGGCCUUUGUGAUGUCGAACCCUGUUCACUGGGACCUAGGCUGACUUCUGCCACAUGCACUUUCAGAUUGCAACAAACUUGGGUCUCUUCUGAGGCGCUGAAUGGGGACUGAUGAGCUAUGUGUGAAAGGCUUUUCAGCUGUUACCAGGCCUUUGAGUCAUCCAGCCUGUGGUCUGUGAAAUUGAACUGAAAAGCCGGGAAGGAAGGGAGCAAGAAUCACCUGGCUGUUCGCAGAUGCUUAACCACCACCCCACCCAGGACAGAAGCUUUGCUGUGGCCCAGUUUCCAUUCACUGAAUAAUAGUCACCUGAAACCUUUAAGAGAAGAGACAAGUAUUUAAGAGACCCAAGAUAUUGUGUUAAGAGCAGGGCGGUGGGCACUACAGGACAUGGAAGGGAGUUUACUGGCUGCUUUUCAGAGUGGCGCAGUGCCAGGGCAGGAGUGAGCCUGCCUUAGCCCCACUGAACCACCACCCAGGAGCUACCUGAGCUGAGAAUCCAAGGACUCCCACUACUGUGGCAAGAGGCCAGCUUGCCCUGUUGAAGGAAAGUGGAGGCAUAAUACUAUCCAAACAUUCAAAAUGGUAAUGCAAAGGUAUCUCCUAACCUACACCGGAGCAGUGCUGGCUCUGUACCUUCAUCAUAUCAUCAGAGCCAUUGAAGUUCCCCUGGAUCCAAAUAUUCAAAGUGAAUUACCGCAGCCCCCUACAAUUACAAAGCAGUCUGUGAAGGACUAUAUUGUAGACCCAAGAGAUAACAUCUUCAUUGAAUGUGAAGCCAAAGGGAACCCCAUUCCGACUUUUUCUUGGACACGGAAUGGGAAGUUCUUCAACGUGGCCAAAGACCCGAAGGUCUCAAUGCAGCGCAGGUCGGGGACACUGGUCAUCGACUUUCGUGGCGGCGGGAGACCGGAGGACUAUGAGGGGGAAUACCAGUGCUUUGCUCGAAAUGAGUACGGGACGGCGCUCUCCAGCAAAAUCUUCCUGCAGGUUUCCAAGUCUCCCUUGUGGCCAAAGGAACAUUUGGACCUCGUAGAGAUUGAUGAAGGAGCUCCGCUAACUUUAAAAUGCAACCCACCCCCAGGCCUGCCUCCCCCUGUUAUCUUCUGGAUGAGCAGCUCCAUGGAGCCGAUCCACCAAGACAAGCGCGUCUCCCAGGGCCAGAACGGCGACUUGUACUUCUCCAAUGUGCUGCUGCAGGAUGCCCAAACUGACUACAGCUGUAACGCCCGCUUCCACUUCACCCACACUAUCCAGCAGAAGAACCCAUACACUCUCAAGAUCCAAACCAAGAAUCCCCAUAAUGAAACGUCUUUUCGAAAUCACACUGACAUGUACAGUGCCCGAGGGAUUAUGGAAUCAACUCCCAGCUUCAUGUAUCCCUACGGGACCUCAAGCAGCCAGAUAGUGCUGAGAGGGGUGGACCUCUUACUCGAAUGCAUUGCUUCAGGAGUACCUGCACCAGACAUCAUGUGGUACAAGAAAGGAGGAGAGCUCCCAACAGACAAAACCAAGUUGGAAAAUUUUAACAAGGCCCUUCGCAUCGUCAACGUCUCCGAGGAAGACUCGGGGGAAUACUUCUGCCUAGCAUCCAACAAAAUGGGAAGCAUCCGCCACACUAUCUCGGUGAGAGUGAAGGCGGCCCCUUACUGGUUGGAUGAACCACAAAACCUUAUCUUGGCCCCCGGUGAGGAUGGUAGACUUGUGUGUCGAGCCAACGGGAACCCGAAGCCUACAGUCCAGUGGCUAGUGAAUGGAGAGCCUAUAGAAUCUGCUUCUCCCAACCCAAGUCGGGAAGUGACCGGAGACACCGUUGUAUUUCGGGAUACCCAAAUUGGCAGCAGUGCUGUGUACCAAUGUAACGCGUCCAAUGAACAUGGCUACCUUCUGGCGAAUGCCUUCGUCAGUGUUCUGGAUGUGCCUCCCCGGAUUCUUGCCCCCCGGAACCAGCUGAUCAAAGUGAUUCAGUACAACAGGACUCGCCUGGACUGCCCGUUCUUUGGCUCGCCGAUCCCCACCUUGCGCUGGUUUAAGAAUGGCCAGGGAAGUGCCCUGGAUGGAGAAAACUACAAGUGGCAUGAAAAUGGGAGCUUGGAAAUGAACAUGGCUCGCAAGGAGGACCAGGGAAUCUAUACCUGCGUGGCCACCAACAUUCUGGGUAAAGCAGAGAACCAGGUUCGUUUGGAGAUCAAAGACCCAACUAGGAUCGUGAACGGGCCAAAAGAUCUGAUUGUAAAGCGGGGCUCCAUGGCUCGGCUAGAUUGCCAAAUAAAACAUGACUCUACAUUGAAGCUCACAGUCAGCUGGCUGAAAGAUAACACUCCUCUGUACAUUGGGAACAGGAUGAAGAAGGAAGACGACGGUCUGAUCAUCUAUGGUGUGGCUGAAAAAGAUCAAGGAGAUUAUACAUGCGUGGCCAGUACUGAGCUGGACAAGGACUCCGCUAAAGCAUACCUCAAGGUGCUAGUUAUCCAGUCUACUCCAACUAAUCGUAUGACAGCCUUACCCAAAGAACGACCAGAGCGGCCUCGCGACCUGGAGCUGACAGACCUGGCCGAAAGGAGCGUGCGCUUGACGUGGAUACCUGGUGAUGACAACAACAGCCCAAUCACAGAUUAUAUUGUUCAGUUUGAAGAGGACAAGUUCCUGCCUGGGACAUGGCACAACCAUUCCAGUUACCCAGGGAGCGUGAACUCGGCUGUUUUGCGCCUCUCGCCCUAUGUCAACUACCAGUUCCGAGUGAUCGCCGUGAAUGACGUGGGGAGUAGCCUUCCCAGCCUGCCAUCUGAACGGUACCAUACCAUUGGGGCACGUCCAGAAAUCAACCCUACAGGUGUUCAAGGAGCCGGGACUCAAAAAAACAACAUGGAGAUCACUUGGACACCGCUGAAUGCCACCCAAGCUUACGGGCCCGACCUCAGGUACAUAGUGAAGUGGAGGCAAAGGGAUACGCGGGAGAGCUGGAGCAACGUGACGGUGAGAACCACAAGGCACGUUGUCUGGAAUACACCCAUCUACGUGCCCUAUGAAAUCAAAGUGCAGGCAGAGAACAACUUCGGGAGAGCUCCAGAGCCGGACGUUGUCAUCGGCUUUUCAGGGGAAGAUUAUCCCAAGGCUGCCCCCACUGAUAUUAGGCUGAAAGUUAUAAACAGCACAGCAGUUGGUCUCCAAUGGAACCGAGUAUACCCGGAUACCAUCCAGGGACAACUUAAGGAAUACAGAGCCUAUUUCUGGAGAGAAAGUAGUUUGCUGAAGAACCUGUGGGUCUCCAAAAAAAGGCAGUCUGUGGGUUUUGUUGGAGAUCGACCACGGGGCAUAGUGUCCCGGCUGUUUCCUUACAGCAACUACAAACUGGAGAUGGUUGUAGUCAAUGGAAGAGGAGAUGGGCCUCGGAGUGAAAUUAAGGAGUUCACAACACCUGAAGGAGUACCCAGCGCCCCCAGGUAUUUCAGAAUCCGACAGCCUAACCUGGAAACCAUCACUUUGGAGUGGGACCACCCUGAACAUCCUAAUGGAAUUCUCACGGGAUACAACCUUAGAUACCAAGCCUUUAAUGGAUCCAAAACGGGCAGAACGCUGGUAGAGAACUUCUCCCCCAACCAAACAAGGUUUACGCUCCAGAGGACAGACCCUAUCUCGCGCUAUAGAUUCUUCCUGCGUGCUAGGACACAGGUGGGAGAUGGAGAAUCCAUCAUGGAAGAGUCGCCGGCCCCACUAAAUGAAGCCACUCCAACCCCAGCUUAUACCAAGAACCAUGUGGACAUUGCAACCCAGGGCUGGUUUAUUGGGCUGAUGUGUGCCAUUGCGCUUCUAGUCCUGAUUUUGUUGAUAGUGUGCUUCAUUAAGAGAAGCAGAGGCGGGAAAUACCCAGUGCGUGAAAAAGUUGAAGUCCUGGAUCCCGAAGACCACAAAGCAGAUGAUCCGUCAUUUGACUACAGGUCUCUUGAAAGCGACGAAGACAACAAGGAACCGCCAGGCAGCCACACCUCUUUGGAUGGUACGAUAAAGCAAGAGAGCGACGAUAGUUUGGUGGAUUAUGGAGAGGGGGGUGAAGGGCAGUUCAAUGAAGACGGAUCCUUUAUUGGCCAGUACACAGUCAAGAAGGACAAAGAGGAGACAGAAGGCAAUGAGAGUUCAGAAGCCACAUCCCCCGUCAAUGCUAUCUACUCCCUGGCAUAACGCAGUAUAAAUGCAACCACAACGACAAAUAUAAUACAAGGGGGGGUAAAACCGCCGCUGCCAAGGGGACACGAGUAUGAAAAAAAACCCCACACACAAUGAAAAAAGUUCCAACAAAAGCAGAACAGUCCAGGUGGUCCCCAGUGCCACCCUCUCCUUAGCAAACAAGAGAACAGCAAGGAUUCUUGGGGUGCUAACAUGUUGUCGCUGUAGCUGAAACCUGAGCUGAACCAAAGGGGCCAGAGGAAGAACCAACUUCACAGGUUCUACAUUCAAGCUUCAGAACUUGGCCCACCGACCCCUCCUCCUCCCCAGGUCAUCUUUUUUAGAUCACGCAGCAUCUCUUUGGUUCAUCAUUUACACUGUUGGGGUUCCCCUCCCCUCCAGUUUUUGGGUAAUUUUUUUUUGGAGAAAGGUCCCAAAUCAGAGAAAUGGUGGUAGGGACAGGGACUGGGGACAGAAGACCUUUCCAGUGUAACAGCAGCAUGAAACCACACAGAGGGAUGGUCCAUCAGCUAGGAGUAGAAACAACACGUUCCUUUAUUAACAGGAAGUUCUCUGGGACUGUAUUUGAGACGGACAGCUUGACAGCCAGCACCUCGCUCGUAACGCCUCCAACGCAAGUCAGCACCACUAAGAACCUUCCACUAAGGUCAAACGAGCAGCAUCGCACAGGACCCCAGAAGACGACUAUGCCCAUGGAAAGUUUUUGUGGGUGUGGUUGGAUUGUGCUAUACCUCUUUAUUAAGGCUAAACGUCCUCACUGGGUUCUGUCACCAAGGGAUUGAUGGGUGACAUUACCCUGCAUCCAUGCUACUUAAGAAAUUCUGUUGUUUUUUUAAAGGGACGUUGGGGAAGAAAUUUAGGACUUGACAGACCGAUGCAGCUUACCUUCUGACUCCCAGCGACUGCUCAGCCACUAGGAGAACAGUAUAAUUUGCCUGGAGAAUUAUGUGGGAAAUUAUUUUAUAAACAUGAACACCCCACUACUUUUAAGGGAAACCCCAUAAAUCAGUGGGUAGCAAAGAGGAAGAACCAGUAUUAAUAUAGUUUCUUUUUCCUAAGGGUUGAUACAGAUCCAGCCAUGAAAAGAUGGCACCGAACAGCCAUGGGGUGGGGUAGAAGAAUAAAAAUGUGACCCUGCAUUGCAGCUGCUGCUAAGCUCCUUGAAGGUUUCAGGGGAGCCUAGUCCUGUAAACGGCAGGGAAGCAGGGUAUGGGCUCUCCUUGUCCUAACAGGGUGCCGCUCAGUUUGUUCUCAAUAUCUCCUCUUAGCCUGAUGCAGUGGCCUUUUCCCCUAUGAUCAAUCACCCCACAGAAGAAAUGUCCAUGUGUUCCAGGGUGCAUGUGGCACACGGACGCACCCAUUUUUGUUCUUUACAUAUCAAGAUGACUCGGUCCAGCUAACCUGCUAAUACACUGUAAUAACAUGUCUUACUAGGAAGUUCUAUCAUUAAAUGCUCUUCCAUAUGCCUUAUAUAGCUUCAAACUUCCCCUGAAGUUUAAUAAACUAAGAAUAUUCACCCUCAGCUUAAGCCCCGGAUCUGAUGGUUUCUCAUCUGUCAGUCCAUUAGGAAUAUAAGGAUGCCUUUGCAGCCCUCUCAGCUGAGACAGCAUGGAUCACUGUAGAAGAUAGAGUUUGACAAUAGACUGUACGUAGUGGCAAAUACAAUGUGUAUUCUCCCCAUCUCGUGCACUUUUGCAACCAAAAGUACCUUUGCUGAGAGAGAUCAGACAACUUCCAACACAGUUAUACAACAAUGUUAGGCAGAGUUGUUGGGGUUUUUUUUUUAUUAAAGAAGAUGGCUCUGUUGGACAUAAUGGAUUAAACGCAGUGGGAUUCAUACAAUUGUUUUAGCUUUAAAGCUAUUUUGCUACAAAAACAUCUUGCCAACAAAGAUGUUCCUUCUAAAAAGGAUAGUGUAGACCUAAUGUUUGCCACAUUCUCUAAAGCUGACAUGAUACCUAACAGCUCAACUAUGUUGCAUUUCUAACAAAGAAACCCAAAUGAGGCCCACACCUGGGCAACGCUCCCAGUUAAAUCAAGCACUGAAACAGGAGGGAGAGUGUAGCUGUGCCAGAGGAGUGGGAUGCACCAUGGGAAUCAGAAUGGGUCAGAUGGCGGAUACAGGACUGCCAAAGCUGCCCAUCCACACAGGGGGACUGCUGCUAACAUGGUCUCAGCCACAAAGGAAAGUCACCUGUCGUGGUACUUGGUUCUCUUUUUCCUUCAGAGAGAGAAAAGUCACAACCAUCACUCUGUUACUGUCAGCAUAAAUGUAUCAGAGCAAGAGGCUUCAUUCUAAUGGACUCCGUAGGCAUUGUUCCAUAGCAAGGGGAGUUCGUCACCCACCCCGCUCCAAAGAACAGUUUACAAUGCACUCAGCCAAAUUUCCAGUCAUGCUGAGUUUAAGAGGGCGUGUGCUGUACACAUUUAGGGGACGUCUACACUGCACGGCUAUUUUGGAACACCGGAGGUAUCCCAAAAUAGCUACCCUGCCUCUACACAAGCCGCCCGUUAUUUCGAAAUAUUUUUUGAAAUAACAGGCACGCUGUUUUGUCAUCCUAGUAAACUUCGUUGCACGAGGGAUGAGAGAUAGCUCAAAAUAGCGCAUUAUUUCAAAAUGUGGCACCACGUAGAUGCGCCAAAUUCAAGUUUCAGAAUAGAUUUGAAAUAAAAUAUGCAAAUUGCGUAUCUUAUUUCGAGUUUAGGGUCCUGUGUAGACACACUCUAAAAGUGAUGUGGUACACUCAGGCCAAAUCACCGAACAACAGCCUCCCCACACACCCAAGAUUAGCACCAAGAGCACAGCCUUUGUCAUUUGAUCUAAAGCAGCAUUUCUUAAAGUAUGCUGCGAGCCAGUGGGAAGUGUGCCGCAGAAAGAACAGAAUUCAAAAUAGCUGCCUUUAAAGGGACAAGCUUCCUUUUUUCCCCCCCUCUCUCAACAACUACUUUUCUCUGGGGGCUUUUUUUUUUCCCCCCUCACCAAAAAAAAUUCCUGGUGUUCCCCAUAAAAAAAAAUAGUUUGGUGUUCCUCGGUCUUAAAAAGUUUAAGAAACACUGAUCUAAAGGAACACCUCCAUUGGCGGGUAGCAACAGGAAAUGCUUAUUCUUCCUUUGGGCCAACUACUAGCAGGGAAUGGGACACAUUUAACUACCGUAUUACACCGAUAUGGCCAGCGGGGACAGCCACUGUGGGCCACUGUGGGCCCUGGACAAGGUGUGGGGUAGGACCAGGAUAGCCAGUCCUUAGAGCCUCAUGGAGUAGCACUCCGGCGCUGAUUCAAAGGAACCCUGGGCCCCUUCGAACUGCUAAGCCCCACGGCAACUGCCCCUUUUGCCCCCCACCACCAGCAGGCUUGUGUGCAACUAUGGCGUUACAAGGGUGUUCUUGUGAGCAGCUUGGUCUGUGAUUCACACACACUCCGUCCCGUCCCUGUGAAUCACUUCACUGAGCCACCCACAUUACAUCUGUUUGGAAAAGGAAAGAGCAAAGUGUUUUGCUUUGUGGUUAUUUCAUAUAUUGCUCAUGGGAGCCGCCCCAACGUUCCUAGACAGCAAAGAGUAGAGCAGGUUACCUCCAACAGACCAGAAGGAGUCUGGCGCCUUACACCUCAGCACACAGAACCCGACACCCUAAUGUUCCUUGAGUAACCACAAAAGAAAAAUAGGCUCCUAUGUAGGAUGAAAUGGACAAACUUUCUCUCUGGUUUAACUGAAGUCAGUUAGAAAUUGAUCAGAAUCUUAAAACAAAAACAACCCCCCCACACACACACACACGGAUGAAAAUAUUCAGGGUCUAUAGGAAUGGAGUUGGGAUCUCUGGAAAUUAAAAAGCUUUAGGAUGUAGCAUAACAUCCGCAUGGUGACGGGGAGGGGUUCUCAAUCUUUUCCUUUGUGAGGCCACUCCCAACAUGCUCCCCAAACUCUGUGGCCCAGCUGCACCACCACAAUUGUUUUUCUGCAUAUAAAAGCCAGUACUGGAGUUAAGGGGUAGCAGGCAGGGCCCCAUGCCACAGGCAAGACCACAAAGCUAAGUGGCACAGGCUCUAGGGUGAAGGGGCUCAGGACCUCUCGGUGCAGUCCUGUGUGGCUGGGCUUUUGGCUUUCUUCCCUUGGCCCUAGCAAGUCUAACACUGGCCAGGCUUGGCAGACCCCCUUAAAACUGGUCCACUGCACCCCAGAGGGCUCAACACCGCAGCUGAGAACUAUGGCACUACAGUUUUGCAGCAGGCACACGUAAUUCUCUGUUACAUCUAUUGGGAGGUUCACAAAACUACACAGAACAUUACAUUGCCUACCACAUUCCAUAGGUCUUCUCCCUGAAUGUAUUACUAGGGGGUUCCCUAUAGUCACUGUGGUUUUGGUAGCUAGUUCACUGCUAAUUAGAAUGUUGGUGGCUAAGUUAAUACAUGUGCGUGACUUCUGCUGGACCUUACUGCAGAAUCACCACAGUGGCCCCAGAGCUAGUCACACACCAUGCCUGAUCAAAUGUGUUUUUAGAUUAGAUUAUAAGCCAUUAGGAUGAGCUGUGGAGCUGUACUGCAGGAGACAUACUGCAGGGAAUAGCCAUGCUCUUCCCCUCCCGUCCCCAAGUCACAUAUAGGCUGGAUGAGCUAAAAGGUCUUGUUCAUCUAUCAUACCUGUCCAAAUGCAAUGCAAACUAUCCACAUUCUCUCUCUAGUGCCCACAUGGGUAGAGCCCUGCGAAUCGGGGAUGUUCACUUUGCAUCCGCAGGUAUCUGCAUCUGCAGAUGCGGAUAUCUGCAGCUUAUUUUUGUGGAUACGGGUGCAGAUACCACAUUUUGUAUCUGCUACAUAUCUGCAGGCAUUUGCAUCUGCAGCUGUGGAGAUCCACACAUCAGGUUUGCAGAUGCAAAUAGCAAUUUUGUGUGUGCACAGGGCUCUGCUCAUGCAGGAUUCACAGGUCACCAGGUUGCUCUGUACACCAUGGCCACAAGGAGGCAGAGUCCAUCAGCUAAGGAGCACUGUCAAGUGUCCAGGGCAUAUGCUGUGAUGUGCAGCCAGAAACGUAAACUGCUUUCAAGGUCACCAAGCCCACACCCGGGCUGCAUCUCACCAGCUGAACCAUCCCGACCACGAUGCCAAAAGGGUAUUAGAAGAUUGCACUAUCCACGCCUGUAAGCAUGCUCUCAACUGGUGUCAGCAGCGUUUCCCCUAAACAAUCUUAUUCGGUAAACGGGAUGUUCCAGUCUACUCAGUUUCUACAUCCAGAUUCAGGUAGCGCUUUCAAUUGCCCUGCCAAUCAAGUGAUGCCCUGCACUGUUGAACUGGCAACUCUUUCAUUAAAAUGUUUAAUUGGUGGAAGACAUGAGAAACUAGAGAAGGGCUUGACCCAAAGCCCCAGAUCUGAGCAUGCUCAGAAUCCUAGGAAAUGUCCUAGCAAUGGUCCCUCUCAUUUUUUCCGUCCAUGUGUGAAAUAAAUUCUGUUACAUGCACCAAGGCAUGUGUAGAUGUGCACCACCAGAAGGAACCUAUGCUGCUGGCAGUGGGCAUUCCACUAAUCCAGUGUUUCCCAAUCAGGGUUCUGCAGAACCCUGGGAUUCCGCAGACCAUCAUCAGGAGUUCCGUGAGAAAUCGUGGAAUAAAUAAA